AUGCAGUCGGGUAUCUCAGUCUCCCAGGAGCUCCAAGAUGCCUUCACAACCUUCAACGCCAACACCUCGAGCUUCUGUCUGCCGGUAACCAUCACAGGCGAGAGUCUAACACCACUCAGCCCAAUCCCAUUCAAUGGCACCGCAUCCAGCCCAGACAGCUUCUUCUCCUCGCUACCGGCAAUCUCCUCGGUCCUCCAACCCAAAACCCCAAUCUACCUCCUUCUCCGCCGUCCCACAUCCAUCACCACAACCCUCAUCGCACUCACCUAUAUACCCUCCAAUGCCCCCGUCCGCCCUAAGAUGCUCUUCGCCUCGACCCGCUCCACCCUGACCCGCGAGCUGGGCUCGGAGAAAUUCGCCUCUACCGUCUUCGCAACGGAGGAGGAGGAGAUCGUCACGGCGGAGGCGUGGCGUGAACGCGAGAGCGAGAAUAGCCCCGCCCGCCGUGAGGAACUCAUGGGUGAUAAGGAGCGAGAGCUGGAGGCUGUUCGCAGAGCCGAAGCCGAGGCUCGCAACGAUAUUGGUAUUGGUGGUACCUUUGGUGCGGGCUCGGGGUCUGGCAUGAGAGUCUCUAUGCCGGUUGAUGAGGCUGCUACGGCGGCUUUGAAGGGAUUGCAGGAUGGUGGUCUUGUGCAACUGACUAUUGACAUUCCCACCGAAAAAAUCAUUCUUGCUGACAACCAAUCUGGUGUCGAGGCGGGUGCUGUCGCCACCCACAUCUCCUCCACCUCGCCCCGGUACUCCUUCUACCACUAUCCCGGCUCGGACGUUGUGGUCUUUGUGUAUACUUGCCCUAGCGGGUCUUCGAUCAAGGAGCGGAUGUUGCACGCUAGCUCGCGGAGAAAUGCCAUCGCGGUUGCUGAGGGAGAGGGUCUCAAGAUCGAGAAGAAGAUCGAGGCUGGAGGUCCGGACGAGAUCACUGCCGAUCGAUUGCAGGAGGAGGUCAACCCGCCACAAAACGUGGGUGCUGCGCGGGGAUUUGCUCGUCCUCGUCGCCCAGGCCGGUAG